AUGAUGCAUGAUGUAGAAGACCAUUUCAUAGAUGAUACCCAUAUAUAUGACCAUAUCUUAAGAGUUGUAGAGACACCGUUAUAUCCUAGUUGUACAAAAUUCACAAAACUUAGUGGCAUUAUGAAGCUAUUCAACAUAAAGGCGAGAAAUUCUUUGACCGACAAGAGUUUUACUCAGAUUUUGGAAGCCUUAGUAGAAAUGUUACUAGAAGGGAAUGAACUUCCAAACUCCACAUAUGAGGCUAAGAAACUUAUGUGCCCUCUUGGUAUGGAGUACGUGAAGAUACAUGCAUGUCCUAAUGAUUUUGUGUUGUAUCGAAAUGAGCAUGUUGAUUUGCAUGAGUGUCCAAGGUGUGGAGUUUCUCGUUAUAAGAUGAAUGAUAAUGAUGAGUUGUGUAAGAAACGAACUCCGGCUAAGGCAUUGUGGUAUCUUCCAAUUAUACCGAGAUUUAGGAGACUUUUCUCAGAUGAAAAAAAUGCAAAAUUAUUGAGAUGGCAUGCUGAUGGGAGGAAGAAAGAUGGGUUAAUGAGACAUCCAGCUGAUUCUCCACAAUGGAGGAACAUUGAUCGAAAGUUCAAGGUCUUUGGUCAAGAAGAUCGAAAUCUGAGGCUUGGGCUUUGUACAGAUGGAAUGAACCCAUUUGGGACACUUAGUACCCAAUAUAGCACUUGGCCGGUUCUUCUAACUAUCUACAAUUUGCCUCCUUGGUUAUGCAUGAAGUCUAGAUACAUUAUGUUGUCCCUUUUAAUAUCUGGGCCUAAACAACCUGGGAAUGACAUUGAUGUGUAUCUAGCGCCUCUCAUUGAAGAUUUGAAAUUGUUGUGGAAUGAAGGUGUCUCGAUGUAUGAUGCAUAUAGUAAAACCAAUUUCACUUUACGUGCCAUGAUUUUUUGUACAAUAAAUGAUUUCCCAGCUUAUGGGAAUUUGUUAGGGUACACCGUGAAGGGAACAAAACCUUGCCCCAUUUGUGAAGAUGAUUUGGAGGCAUUGCGCCUAGACAAUUGUGGCAAGCACGUAUACAUUGAUAAUCGUAGACAUCUUCCUGAAGACCACCCUUUUCGGAAGAAUAAAAAGGGUUUCAAUGGAAAAGUGGAGAUGAGAGAAGUUCGGGGCCCUUUACGUGCAAGUGAGGUUUAUAUGCGAGUGAAAGACAUUGAAAAUGAGUUUGGUAAGCCUUACAAAAGUAAAUCAAAAGGGGGCUAUAAGAAGAAGUCUGAGUUAUGGUCUCUCCCAUACUGGAGACAUUUGGAAGUUAGACAUUGUCUAGUUGUAAUGCAUAUUGAGAAAAAUGUUUGUGAUGCCAUUGUGGGAACAUUAUUGAAUAUGCCAGGAAAGACGAAGGAUGGAGUUAAGGUUAGAAUAGACAUAGCUGCUAUGGGUCGUUCAGAGUUGGCACCCGAAUCUCGAGGAAUACGAUGGUAUCUUCCCCCAGCUUGUUUUACCUUGUCUAAAAAGGAAAAAACAAGCUUCUGUGAGUCAUUGCAUGGUUUAAAGGUCCCGGCGGGAUAUUAUUCAAAUUUUCGUAGACUUGAGUCGAUGUCUGACUUGAAAUUGGUUGGCAUGAAAUCUCAUGAUUGUCACAUCUUGAUGCAACACUUAUUACCAGUUGCAAUUACAGGAAUUUUGUCAGAUCAAGUGAGGUAUACGAUUACAAGAUUGUGUGUCUUUUUUAACACUAUUUGUAGCAAGGUCAUAAAUCCAUGUAUAUUAGAUGACUUGCAAGCAGUUAUAAUUGAGACAAUGUGUCGAUUUGAAAUGUAUUUCCCCCCAUCUUUCUUUGACGUGAUGCCCUAUUUGGUUAUUCAUCUUGUACAGGAAAUUAAACUUUAUGGACCCGUUUGUAUGAGGUACGUGUAUCCUUUUGAGCGACUAAUGGGUGAUUUAAAGAGAAAAGUCAUGAAUCCGGCCAAACCUGAAGCCAGUAUUGUCCAACGAACAACAGUUGAGGAAGUGACAGCAUGGUUUGCUCAGUUUCUUGCAAGUGCACAAAAAAUUGGGUUGCCACAGUCUCGACAUGAUGGGAGGCUCGGAGGUGAAGGUACUGUUGGUAGAAAAAGGUUUUCAAUGGGCUGUGAUAUGAAAAAUAAGGCUGAGCUGUUUGUUUUGCAAAGUCUUAGUGAAGUUCAUCCUUACUUGAAUGAGCACAUGAUUUUUCUUAAAAAUGAAUACCCUUCCAAAACUGAUCUUCAGCUGAUAAAGGAGCAUAAUUGUUCAUUCCUUACAUGGUUCAAGGAUCGAGUGAUGUCUCAAUUGUCCACCACACCUAAUGAUGUAUCUGACACAUUGAUAUGGUUAGCAUAUGGUUCUAAAUGUCAAGUCAUUUCGUAUGAGGGAUACGACAUCAAUGGAUAUUCUUUUUACACUAGUCGACAAGAUGACAAAACAACAAUGCAAAAUAGUGGUGUUAAAGUAAUAGGUUUGUCAUCUGAAUUUGUUAGUAAACAUGAUAAAACACUAGUGGAUAGGAAGAAAUUUUAUUAUGGAGUAAUUGAAGAAAUAAUAGAGUUAGACUAUGUUGAUUUCAAGAUGCCUCUAUUCCGAUGUAAGUGGGCUGAUAUUAGUCGUGGUGUAAAAAAAGAUGAACAAGGAAACUUGAACCUUGUAAAUUUUGGUUGA